CGGCUCGGUACCACCUGACCCAUACCAUACCCACUCAGGCCUGUAUAAAUGAGCAGCCAGCAGCUCCCAAGGCAGGCAGCAGCAAGCGAAGCACCAUAGCAGCUAGGACCAGUCCAGCCUCUCUCUCUUCUCGUCUUGUCUUGGCAUCCUUGCCUUUGUCUCAAGGCUAGCAAGCAGCAGCUAGCUCGAGACUGCACUGCACGCCGGCAGAGCCAAGCUGUGAGAGCAGAGCGGUUCGGUCGAACGAGAUGAAGAGCCGGAGGCAGAGCAGCGGGGGCAGCUCGGCCGCCUGCGCCGCGGGGGAGGCGAACACGCACACGCACAGCAGCGGCGGCGGGGGGUGCAAGCUGGAGAGGAAGGACGUGGAGAAGAACCGGAGGCUGCACAUGAAGAGCCUCUGCCUCAAGCUCUCCUCCCUCCUCCCUCCCGCCGCCACGCACGCCUCCCUCCUCGCCGAUGCAGCGGCGGCGGCGUCCAAUCCCAACAACAAGGACUCGGUGACGCAGCUGGACCAGCUGGACAGCGCGGCGGCGUACAUCAAGCAGCUCAGGGAGAGGAUCGAGGCGCUGAAGCAGCGGAAGGCGGGAGGUCCUGGUCCAGCGGCGGGCUGCAACGGCGGCGGCGCGGUCACGGCGUCGGCGUCGGCGUCGAGCGCGUCCGGCGGCGGCGCCGGCGUGCGGAUGCCGGUGAUCGAGGUGCGGUACCAGGACGGGACGCUGGACGUGGUGCUCAUCAGCGACGCCGGGCGGCCAUUCAAGCUGCACGAGGUCAUCACGGUGCUGGAGCAGGAGGGCGCCGAGGUGGUGAGCGCCAGCUUCUCCGUCAUCGGGGACAGGAUCUUCUACACCGUCCACUCGCAGGCGCUCAGCCCCUGGGUCGGACUCGACGCCGCCAGGGUCUCCCAGAGGCUGCACGACCUGCUGCUGCUUGCUCCGAUCCUUGUCUGAUCUCAGACCCCCAAUGGCGAUGCAUUGCAUUGCAGCCACAACAUCUGAUCAGCCACCGUGCUAAGGCGUAGUACUGGAGUACGGAGUAGUAGUACUGUAUUAGGAAGGUACGGUAGUCUGAACUUGACCUCUCCGAUCAGAAACGGAGUGCAGUUAAACCGUCGGCUGAUUCUUGCUGGUUUCCUUGCAGUUGUGCAUAUGUAGGAGCUAGCAAAGCAAAAGUAGCAAACAGACUGCCUUUUUUGUUUUUCUUUUUGUUUUUCCCUUUCCUCCCGGCUAUUGGAACCAGUCGGUGGUCUACUACCACUUGCUAGUACUUGAAUUACAGUUUUGGCUUGUCUAAAAUAUCUUACUUAGGCCUUGUUUA